AUGUCUCCAAUUUUUGUGGCAAAUACAUACGGUAUUUUUAGAGUUUCGACCUCUCAGGUUUCCAGGAAAGAUGAGAUGCCAUCUGCUUCACUUUCUUUUGCAUCUUCCAUAAAUGAUGCUACAUCCCGUAUCAAAGGAAUUGUUAUUGAUCAAACAUCGGGUUCAGAGCAAGGUGUUUAUUAUCCACCUACUAGCUAUUGUGAUUAUUAUUACCCAGGAUAUAAUGGUAGCAUUGCUCAGUCGGAUGACAAAGAUUAUUUUAACACAGUAGGUGGUUCUUACAGAACGCCUUUUCAUGCUACACAUAUGACUCUUCCUAUUCUGGAAAUGGCUCAACUGGCUCUGCUUCUAAAUCUGUUAGGCUCUGAAUUCCAUUCGAAUGCUGUCCCAAAUGGAUUUCAACCAGUUGGAUUUUUCAUCAUUCACAAACUGAAACACAGAUGGUUUCAUGCACUAUGGUCCAGAUUAACUCGUGGUCCGAGGGCCAAAAGUAAUAACAAUUCCACACAGUUAUCAGCUGAGGAGCAGCCGGGGCUGGCUAUUCCAAGGGACAACUAUAACUUAGAAGAGUUUCAAAUACAAUAUGAUAGAGCAAAGUUUUAUGUGAUCAAGCCAUAUAGUGAGGAUGGAAUUGCAUCAAAUAUGACGUUUGGUCAAUUACUCCAAACGGAAAACAAGAAAUUAGAUGCUGCUUUCUGCAAUGCAAAUGCUAUAACGUGCGAAUCAGGAGCGAAAUAUCCAGUCUUCCUAUUCUUUUCUGUAACCUCAUUGCAUUUCUUCCUUCUAUUUUGCAACUCAAUAGUUGAUAAUUUUCGGGUGAACACAAGUGGACAGUUUAUAGGUGUAGCUGAGAUGAUUGGGCAGUUUGAUUUCGACAAAAAUAUGGACUUCUGGCAGCUCGACUAG